CUUCACUCUAAUUUCCAUGGUAUAGAGUUUCCAUUACUGAAAAUUGUAUCGAAUGCUCGUUAUUAGGGUUAUAUUUCUUGGUAAAUCAUAGGAGUACCAUAUAAUCUGUGAAAAUAAUUUAUCGUUAUUUCGAAAACUGAAACCCAAGCCAACUCAGACUUAAAGUUCACCACUCCUGGGGCUUAAAUGAACCAAGUUACCUGGCUUUGAGUUCAUGUUUGUUCGUGAAAAACUUGUUUAACAUCGAUUUGUAAGUUGAAAUUUGGUAUGGCAGAUGUUAUGUAUACUUGUUGUUACAAUGUUACUGCUUUGUUUUCUAUUUGUUACCACAGUUGGCAAUAAAAAUGCUUUUUGUCUCUUUUUCUCGGUUUUGGCAUUUGAAAAGACUAGUUAAUUUAUUAGAUGUGAAGAAAAGCGGAAUGAUAUAUCAAUUGUGUAUAAACUAUAAUUCUAACACGCCUUUACAUAGGCUACAGGAUUUGAUGAUUAAGAAACUAACUAAUAAAGAAAAUAUGCAUAACAAGGAAAUCAGACUAAUUAGAAUACAUAAAUAACAAUCUACCUAAUUAAACAUGAAACAUAAUAAUAAAACCUAGAAAACUUGGUAACAUAAUAUUCCUAAUAUUAUUCUAACACUGUGAACAAAAAAAAAAAAAAAAACUGAAACACUACCAAACAGUUCUUAAUGAUGUAUAGUUUCCAACUCAUUUGAUUGUCUCUAACUCCAACUGAUUUGAAGUUCUUCUUAAUAAACCUCUAUUUUGUUAUUCAAGUGAUUCAGGGUUAAAAAUAUGCAUCCAAGAUUUUUGUGAGCCGUUGCCAAACAAAAAUGUCGCCAUUGUUUGAGUGUGAGACAAGCAAGGAACAGAAUCACUAAGGAUGGUUGAUUCUGUUGUCUCCUUUGUAGUGGAUAGACUUGGUGACAUUCUCAUCGAACAGGUUGUUUUUUUUCGAGGAGUGAGAGAUGAUGUUGAAUGGUUGAGAGGCCAAUUGCAAUAUAUGUUGUGUUUCUUGAAAGAUGCUGAAGAAAAGCAAGAUAUUGACAAUCGUAUGCACAAGUGGAUAAAAGAUAUCAGAGAUGUUGCAUAUGAGGCCGAGGAUAUUAUGGACAACUUCAUCCUUAAAGUAGAAGCAGGGACUCCAAAGAAGAUGGGGUUAAAAGAUUGCUUUGAGAAGUAUUUUUGCAUUUGCAGCAAACAUGCUAGCCUCAUCCAACAAGCAAAUCUUUAUGGUAUUGGACAGGAAAUAAACAAACUGAAGACCAAGCUCACUCAGAUCGAACAAAGUCGAGUAACUUUCGGUAUAAGAAGUAUUGACGACACAAGAGAAGGGUCAUACCGCAUGAAUAGGAUAGAAAAUAUGCUACGAAAAGAACGCCCAUAUAAAGACAAUGAGCAUGUUGUAGGCUUCAAGGAGGAUGCUAACAAAUUGACAUAUGAACUUAUGAAGAAAGUGAAAGAUCGGUAUAUGAUCUCAAUCGUGGGCACCGGAGGCUUGGGUAAGACAACUAUAGCUCGGAAGCUUUGCAACAAUCUUAGUCGUGCACAAGAAUUUGACUGCUAUGGUUGGGUUUCUGUGUCCGCUGAUUACGAAAUCCAAGAUCUUCUUCGAUCAACAAUAAAAUCUUUCAAAAGGCCGACCACCAAAGUGGAAUUAGAGUUUAUAGAGAACAUGAAAGAAGAAGAUUUGGAGCCUCAUUUGCGUGAUUACUUGAAAGGACAUCGAUAUUUGAUGGUGCUUGACGAUGUAUGGGACGUAAAUGCUUGGCCAAGCUUGAUGAGAGCGUUUCCAGAUGAAAAUAAUGGAAGCAGAGUAAUCAUGACAACCCGAAACAAAGUUGUUGCUCAGGCUAGCAACGAGAGAAUAUAUGUCCAUGAGCUGCCAUUUUUAAACGACGAAGAAAGUUGGGAAUUAUUUUGUAGAAAAGCAUUUCCUAACUACGACAACGAGGUUGGAGAUGAAAAAAGUCAUUGCCCUCCAUGCUUGGAGAGUUUGGCGAGAGAGAUGGUCGGAAAAUGUCGCGGCUUACCCCUAGCCAUAGUCGUAUUGGGUGGUCUACUGCGAAGAAAAGAUCCUGACGAGUGGCCAAAGUUCAAAGAGCACAUGUGGCGCCAUGUACGGGAAGAUGACUCACAUCGUGUUCCAGUUCAACAUAUAUUAGCUUUAAGUUUCAAUGAUUUGCCUUAUCGCUUGAAGUCAUGCUUUCUUUACUUGGGUUUGUUUCCAGAAGACUUUGAAAUUGAUGCACAGAAACUCUGUCGAUUGUGGGAAGCAGAGGGUUUCAUAAAACUUGGCAAAGAAUCUUUUGAGGAGGAGGAGGAGGCGGAGGAGUAUUUGAGAGAGCUAAUUGAUAGAAGUUUGAUUCAAGUAGGGAAAAGAAACUGGAAGAGAAUCAUAAAGUGCCGAGUGCAUGAUUUGCUCCGUGAUUUUGCAAUCGAAAAGUCAAAGGAGCUAAAUUUUCUUCAAAUCUAUGGAGGAAGACUUGCUCCCAAUAGUCGAAGACUAGCCUUUAAUGGUGUACUUCAGAGGUUUGUUUCGUUGGAUAGUUCAGACAUGCAUUUACGAACCCUCUUGUUUUUCAAUUUAGAAAAUGAAGAUUCGAAAACAGCCGAGUUACAGUCCUUAUGUAGGAAGUUGAGAUUACUGAGAGUGUUAGAUCUUCAGCACUUUCAACGCGAUUACAACGAAGUAAGAGAGAAGCAAAGACUGCCUGAUGAAAUCGGGAAAUUGAUUCACUUGAGGUACCUGGGGUUAUGUGGCACCAAUAUAAGUCCUCUCUCACAGUUCAUAGGUAAUUUGCAUGCCUUGCAAACCCUGGAACUGGGUGAAAAUCGGCACAAUGAUCCAAUACAGUUACCUAAUGAGAUAUGCGAAGCAAAGCAGCUAAGACAUUUACUAGGACUUUUCAAGUGGCCGUUUCGAGUGGACAAUAUGAAAAAUCUUCGAACUCUCCAAAAGGUUUUGAUUGAGGACCAGAUGGAAUUUAACCCAAUGGACAUGAUCAACCUUCGCGAGCUUCACGUAUUGUUUUUCCGAAAGGAUAAAAAUAGUUGUACACUAGAUUCUAUUGGUGGAUUAAGAAGCCUCCAAUCAUUGCAGUUAGAAGUUUCAGUAGAGGACAUAAAUCAGAUUCCUGAAGUCCACUUGCACCCGCUCUCUCACUGCAAAUCCCUCCUCCAAUUGAGGUUGCGCGGCUGGCAUGGAAAAAGUUCCUAUCCAGAUUGGAAGUUUUCAAUAGAUUGGAAGCUUUCAAAUCUCAAGUUCCUCAUCUUAUUUCCAAGCUGUGUUACUGAAGAUCCUAUGCCAAUGUUGGAGAAGAUUCCAAAAUUGACUGUUCUCAAGUUGGUUGGUUAUCGUCAAAAGAAAUUGGUUUGCACCGCUGGAGGAUUCCCUCAACUCGAGAUCCUACAACUUAAGAACUGUGAAGUGGAUGAGUUCCAAGUGGAAGGAGGAGCAAUGCCAGUGCUCAAGAGUUUGUCGUUAGAAAAUGGUGGUGUUUCGUUGCCAGAUAGACUACGCUCCAUCCCUGCCCCAGACCCCCCUUUGGAUCCGUAUCUGUGGCUGUUUUGAGUUGAGGCGGCAGGUGUAAGAGGUGGGAUAUUGCAGCUUUGGGUAUUUUGACUUUUUCAUUUCACGAAUAAUAUUGUCUGUUCAAACAAGUGUGCUUAUUUCGCCUUUUUUUUUCAUUGAAUAAGCUGAUGAAGCUUUUUAUUCUAUGUAUGUGUGAGUUCAGGAGCAGUAAAAUGUGUGCACGUUCUUGGUCACCAAA